ACAAAUCUGGAAAUACCGAAUUUAAGUAAAGGCAAAUCAGUCAUUCACUAAAAAAAAUUACGUAAACAUCAUCAGUUUGCUUUUCGACAGACACUCUUAAUUUAAAGAGACUAAUAAGCAAGGGAACUUCCUUUCUUCUUCUUCCCUCUUCCUUCUCUCUCUGUAUUACAAUUCUUUUUGGUGUUUCAUCGAACACUUUGUCUUUAUUCAAAAAACGGAGGAUUAUUGCUGUAAAAAGAAACCCUUUGAUUUGCUAUUGAAGAGAAACUGUUCAGUGUAUAGAAGGAAAGAAGAGUAUAUACUUAGGAAUACUGAAGAAAUUUUCUCUUUUUUGUGGGAUUUUGAUGGGUUGAGUGGUGAAAGAAGCAGAAAGGAAAAGUGGGUUUUGGAUGGGGAAACUAGGGUUUGGUUUAGCAGUGAGUUGUGCUGUAGCUACUUGUGCGAUCGCAGCGAUAAUUGUAAGUAAAAGAGUGAAAAGUAGAAGAAAGUGGAAUCGAAUGGUGGGUGUACUGAAAGAAUUUGAAGAUGGAUGUUCAACUUCUAUAUCGAGAUUAAGACAAGUUGUUGAUGCUAUGGCUGUGGAGAUGCACGCAGGUUUAGCAUCUGAAGGUGGCAGCAAAUUGAAAAUGCUCCUCACUUUCAUUGAUAAUCUUCCUCAUGGGAACGAGAAAGGAACUUAUUAUGCCCUUCAUCUCGGGGGUACUAAUUUUAGAGUAUUGCGGGUGCAGCUUGGGGGGGAAGGUUUUGGGAUCUUGGGACAUGAAGUUGAAAGGCAACCCAUUCCCCCGUCUUUGAUGACCAGUACAAGUGAGGAUCUCUUUGAUUUCAUUGCUGAUACAUUAAAUCAGUUUAUUGAAAAAGAAGGCAAUGGUUUUGAUCUCCCACCUAAUGAAAGGAGGCAGCUUGGAUUUACGUUCUCUUUCCCAGUGAGACAGACAUCUGCUAAUUCAGGUUACCUUGUGAAGUGGACUAAAGGAUUUUCCAUUAAAGACCUCGUCGGAAAAGAUGUGACCGCAUGUUUAGAAGAGUCUCUGGUCAAAAUAGGAUUGGAUAUUAGAGUAGCAACAUUGGUGAAUGAUACUGUAGGAACAUUAGCUCUUGGACAUUUUCACGACGAAGACACUGUAGCAGCAGUGAUAAUUGGAACCGGAACGAAUGCUUGCUAUGUGGAGCGAACAGAUGCAAUAAUCAAGUCUCAAGGCCUUCUUACAAAUUCAGGAGGCAUGGUAGUGAACAUGGAGUGGGGUAAUUUCUGGUCGUCUCAUCUGCCAAAAACUUCAUACGAUAAUGAUGUAGAUGCAGAGAGUCCUAACCCGUAUGAUCAGGGUUUCGAAAAGAUGAUUUCAGGAAUGUAUCUGGGUGACAUUGUAAGGAGGGUACUUCUUAGAAUAGCACAGGAGUCGGAUAUAUUUGGAGAGCUUCCUUCUAGCCUGUCGGUACCCUUUAUACUGAGGACUCCAUUGAUGGCCGCUAUGCAUGAGGAUGAUUCUCCGGACUUAAGAGAAGUGGCCAGACUCCUUAAUGACACACUACAGAUCUCUGAUGUCCCUUUGAAGGUCAGAAGGGUUGUUGUGAGAGUAUGUGAUGUAGUGACACGCAGAGCAGCACGAUUAGCAGCUGCCGGUAUAGUAGGAAUCUUGAAGAAGAUUGGAAGGGAUGGUAGUGGAGGAAUAUCAAGUGGAAGAAUGAAGAGUGGAGUUGAAUCAUCGUCUACCAAAAUGAGACGAACAGUAGUGGCAAUUGAAGGAGGUUUAUAUUUAAGUUAUACUAUGUUCAGAGAACAUUUGAACGAAGCCAUGACAGAGAUUUUAGGAGAAGAAGUUGCCCAACAUGUUAUUUUGAGGGUCUCUGAAGAUGGAUCUGGCAUUGGAGCUGCUCUUCUGGCUGCUUCUCAUUCUUCGACUUCGUCCUCUUCUAUAUAAUAGUGUUAGCUAUAUAUAAGUGUUAAAUAUCUAUACAUAUGAAAAAGGUCCCUUGUAAAGAGCCAUAUUCAUCAUCAUAUUAUAUAUGUAUAUGAAAGUGUUCAUGUUGUACAGUAAUUCCAUUGUAGUUUUAUUGACUA